GCAUUGCACAAAUUUAGCAGCCACCGUUGCCUCCACAAAUAUAAACAGCAAACUCAACUUUGGAUGGGAAAUCAUUACUCGUUAAAAUAUCUAAAAGGAAAGGGGAAGAGGAAUCCCACAGAGGGAAGGGGAAUCUUCCCAAAGAAUAUGAUACUUAAAGAGGCAGCUCUGUCUCAUCUUUAAGGACAAGCUUGUGAGAAAAGCUACCUCGGAGCACCGCCUCCGCUGUUGAAUCCCACCCACCUCAGACUUCCAGUGCUCCAGUGUUCUCCUCUUCCCUGUGAAAAUUCCUGUAGGAAGACCGACGAGGCACCACAUUUUGGCACUGUUCUCAGAAAGCGUGAAAAUAACAGCACACGAAGAAAUUACGAUUACCAAUUUCAAAGCAUUUUUAAGGACCCUGAUUGGAGUGUGCAGCCGAUGGCUUCCUGAACCCCAGCCUACCCCCCUCUCCCCCCUCCCCUAGACUGUAGUCGUCCCCACCGGGCAGAACCAUCGGCUCGGUGAUGAAUCACACGCCCAGCCCCCACAUGACCGAGGCCAGCGGCAAGUCCGGGUCGGGCCUCCUGUGCGGCCUGGGUCUGGGCCCGGACCGGGUGCGUUCUCCGGACAGCCUUACCCACACGCCCAGCCCCACAGGGGGCACCCCCAGCUCUAGCCCUCCCCUGCUGCUGUCGCCCGGCCUGGGCUGCGAGGGCCUGAGCCUGGGCAGCCUGGGGGGCGGCGGCGGCGGCGGGGACUGGGAGAGCCGCGAGGAGCUGCGCCUGCGGGAGCUGGAGGAGGCGCGCGCGCGGGCCGCCCAGAUGGAGAAGACCAUGCGCUGGUGGUCGGACUGCACUGCCAACUGGCGCGAGAAGUGGAGCAAGGUGCGGGCCGAGCGGAACCGGGCACGCGACGAGGUGCGGCAGCUGCGGCAGCGGCUGGACGCGCUGACCAAGGAGCUGACGGGCGCGCGGCGCGAACGCCAGGAGCUGGCCACCGAGAACGAGCAGCUGCGGCAGGAGGCCCAGUGACUCCAGCGCCGAAGCACCGUUGCUCCCUCCCCCUCUCUUCCUCCGUCCUCCUCCCCCACCCGUAAGCCCGACAACAAGACCCACGAGCGGUUAAGGACGGGCUCUCCGGAGCAGGAGCCGGUCAGAGACGUCAGCAACGACAAGCCGGAGCACAAGAAGGAGCUGGAGCUGCUGGAGGCGCUGCUGCGCUGUAAAGCGGCGGACGCUCUGGAGGGCUGGGACGCGCGUAGCGUUAGCAGUCUGCGCUCGGCUCUGAGCCGGCAGGACCGAGGUGGUGGGGGCGGUCGCCUGCAGCUGUGGGACGAGCUCUGCCCCCCGGAGGAGGAGCCUGGACGCAUCAACGCCCUGCAGCUGCGCCUGGACGAGUCCCAGAAGGUCCUGCUCAAGGAGAGAGAGGACAAACAGUCUCUGGGUAAGAGCAUCGAGAAGCUGGAGGCAGAGCUGAGCCAAUGGAAACUCAAGUAUGAGGAGCUGAGCAAGAGCAAGCAUGAGGCACUCAAACAGCUGAACUUGCUGAAGGAGGUGCACCAGGACGAGCUGGGCCGCAUGUCUGAAGACCUGGAGGAUGAACUGGGGGCGCGCAGCAGCAUGGACAAGAAGCUGGCCGAGCUCCGCGCAGAGAUGGAGCGUCUGCAGGUGGAGAACGCUGCUGAGUGGGGUCGGCGUGAGCGUCUGGAGACGGAGAAGCUGGCGCUGGAGCGGGAUAACAAGAAGCUGCGCGCCCAGAUGGAGGACCUGGAGGAGCAGCUGGCCCGUAAGCGCAGACAGGCCGCCACUGCCCUCGACUCCGACCUCAAGAGCAUCCAGGCUGAGCUGUUCGAGAGGAACAAGGAGCUGGGAGACCUGCGGCACAUCCACACCAAGCUGAAGAAGCAGUACCAGGAGAAGAUGGCGGAGCUGGCCCACGCCAACCGGCGGGUGGAUCAGCACGAGACCGAGGUCAAGAAGCUCCGGCUCCGCGUGGAGGAGCUCAAGAAGGAGCUUGGACAGGCUGAAGAUGAGCUGGAUGAAGCCCAUAACCAGAGCCGAAAGCUCCAGCGGUCCCUCGAUGAGCAGGUGGAACAGACAGAGAACCUCCAGGUCCAGCUGGAACAUUUGCAGUCCAGGCUGCGGCGACAGCAGAGUCCAGGGCUCUUUGGGAAGAUGAGGACGUCUGCUUCGGCUCGGUUCAGCACGGACAAUCCAGACGGACCCCCCAGCGACCAGGACGAGGAGGACGAAGAGCUGCAGAUUCAGAUCCCCUAAGAACAGAAUCAGCCAACCACUGGCCUGAGCUCUGUCCAGGCGAGGACUUAAGACUGACCACACCCAGCUCUGGGCUUGCAGCUCCUCACCAGAGCUCUUUUGGCCCAGUCCUUAGACAGGUGGACAGACAGACAGAAAGGCAUGUGUGGACUCAGAGUGGACUGGUUGAUGACCUCAAACUUACUGCCUUUUUGAAGCUGUGGCACCUCACAGCUGUGUGUUCCUGUCAGUACC